AUGACUUUUACCAAAACCGUAGGAAGUUUAUUUGACGAAUUAGAAAAACAAACGCCUGAUAAUAAAAACGUCAAACAGCAGUGUUUUACUUUAGAGAGAGUUUCUAAUAAAAUGAAAGAAUGUGACGAAUUAAUUUUGAACGAUAUAAAAACAGACGUUGAAUUUGAAGCUGAAUAUAAUAAGAUUGAAGAAUAUGAUCAAAAAAUGGAUUUGGCAAGAGCAGAAAGAGAAAUUUUUUUCAGUAAACAAAUUGUGUUGAAUGGAGCGGCGAGUUCCGUCACUUUAUCGCCAAAUACAAAACGAAGAAUGCGUCUUCCGAAGAUUGAAUUGUUACGUUUUGGAGGAGAUCUGAAAGAUUACCUUGGUUUUUGGAGUCAGUUCCAAAGAAUACAUACUGAUAGCGAGUUGGCCCCAGAAGACAAGUUCCAGUAUUUACUGCAAUGCGUAACUCUCGGUAGCCGAGCUCGAGAAGUCAUUGAAAGUUUUCCGCCAACAGCGGAAAACUAUAAAAAAGCAAUCGACGAGCUGAAAAGUAGAUUUGGGAGAGACGAGUUGCUAAUAGAAUAUUAUGUCCAGUCACAUCUCAGAUCGUUGGAAUCGUUAGGAUUGGCGAGUGAGAAGUAUGAAGCGAUUUUGUUUCCAUUGGUGGAGUCCUGCAUUCCCGAAGAUUUAAUGAGAGUUUGGCUGCGAAAUCCAAUACAGUCGGGCGUAGCAGGUGAAAUGGCAGAUAGUUUUGGAAACAAAUUGUAA